AUGGACACCCGGGCCGACACAACCGCCGCACAGACCACACGUCUUCGGGCACUCGUAUUGGACACACGUUUGUACGCACUAUCGGUGCCGAAGCGCACCAUCGCUGGCCAUCCUAUCCACUCAUCCAAUGUGGACACCAAUGCCGUCAACACUAUCGCGGAUCUAAAACGCCGACUGUUUUGGCCGUCAAUUACUGCCGAUCCGGUGGCCAGUGAUGUGUAUUUGGGACACCGUUUAGUGGCCGACAAUCAACCCAUACGUGUGUUGCGGGACAAAGACUUUGUGGUGAUCGGCGACCGCCGAUGGCGUCAGUAUUACGAGCGCCGAAGAGGUAAACAGUCGGCGAAUGAGCGGCCAAUUAAUGGCACCAAAACGGCCGCAACCGGUGAUAGCGGUAGUGGUGUCGCGACGUGUGGCCAGAGAGCGGUCACCAUUGGGUUGGCCUUCAAAGCCGAACGCGAUCGAUUGGCGGACAGCGUGUCGAUGUUGGACGAGAAGAUCGAAUUGAUCCAGAAGUCGAUUACCAUCUCAGCGGACACACCGACCGCCGAUCAAUACGUUGAAUUGAGUGACGGUCUAAAUGUGGUCAAAAUGAUUGGAUCCGUGAAUCGGGCGCUCGUCUCGCUGUCGGACAUAGGGGUGGCCGACACGCCAGGGAUGUCUUCCGAUGAGACACAAAUGGUCGGCAAUUUGAUCCAAUCGUCUGAAAUGGUGCGCCAAUCGUUGGCCGCAAUAGUGGACACUUGGAUGGCUAUGAAACGCGUCAAAAAACAGCACGUCUUGGAUGUGAUGAUUAAAAUGAAAAAGAUUAGCGAAUGUAUGGAACAGUUGUGGAACUCGAAGAACUUUUUUAAAGACAUCGCUUGCAUUGAAUGUCAGACAUUGAGCGCAAAAGACAAUUGUAACGAUAAAUGUGAGACGAAUGUCCCGAUAGUGGCCAACGUGUCGUCACUGUCCAAACAGGUGCCAACGUAUUGGCCAUCUGUCAGAUUGGGUGGCAAAUGGAUGUGUUGUCUUUGCGACCAACUGUUGCCGCACUGGAAAGCUGUUCAAAGUCACCAAAAACCGUUGCGUUGCCGCGGGUUUGGCGCUAUGACAGUGACGGACAACAACUGCUCCAUUGUUUUACAUGAAUGGUUUGAAUAUCUAAUCACUGAAACACGCGUUAAAACCCAUUCAUUGGCCACCGAAUCACCGAAAGCUAACCUCCAAUCGGACCAAUCAGACACCGCUAUGGACUUCGGGAAGCUAUCGGCCGCCGCGUGUCCACCACUUCUGCCACCGCCGGACACAAUACGUCUGAAACUACUCGUAUUCGACGCCCAGCUGUACAUCAUAUCGUUGCCGAAGACACGGGAGGGCUAUAUCGGUCACGUGGACGCCGACAUUCACGCCGAGGCCAUCGCCAGCACUAUUCCCGGUAUGUCUGCGGCCGAUAUCGAUACGCAAGCGCUGCCAAUACUG